GUCCAGUUAAAAUACCUGUUAAAGCUUCACAAGGUUUUCCUUACUCUUCAGCUGCAAUCACAUAAAUCUCCUGUUCAAUCAAACUGCCCUUUAUAAUUGAAAUCUGUGUGUUUAUAUUGCAGCAGAGUCCAAAAAUGUAGACAUGAUAAUCUAAAACAUGAGCGCCACACAGGAAUCAGACACGUGGAGCUUAACAGGCAGCAGAGAAGCCAACUGCAGACUGAGCUGUUUAAACACAGCCCAUUAAACCACAGGUGAAAACAAUCAGGAAAAUCACAGGGAAGGAAGUAAAACCAACACACUGCAUGAAAGAAAAUCAAACUUCAAAGUCAAACAGGAAAUAAUCAGAGGAGACUAAACCUAACAUGAACACAGAGGGACCGAGACAGGAGGAGGACGAUCAGCAGCACAAAUACAAACACAUGAACCAGCAGACCGGGACACACACAAAGACCUGAACCAACAACCAGAAAGACCUGAAGCAGCCGAAGCUCAGAACCACUAGAAGAAGAAGCACAGUUACAUUCAGAUAAUCCAGGCUGCACGAGAAAGAACAUUCAUUCAGUCAGAUCGAGUGAUCGAGUCUGUAGAGGGCAGCACCACAUUUCACAGUCCACAAGCUGCUGGAAAUUCAUCAGACGAAGAAGAGACUCGGCGGAAGUAAUCGAUGAAAAGUGUUGUUGUGUGUGAGCCGAGUGUGUGAGCUGUGGCAGUAACAAUGCCUUCAGUUCAGUAUCUGAGAGAGUUUAUCAACGAGCGACUAACUGCUGCUGCUGAACAAAUAUUCUUGGAGUUUGAAAAAACGAUCGUCCAGUACGAGGAAGAGAUCGACCGUCAGCGCAGACUGCUGGAUAUCACCUGGAAACCCCAAAUCAAGCUGCACAGGACAGACGUCCCACAGCAACAUGUCAGUAGGGGGGAGGAGGAGGAGGAGGUUCUCCCUGAGCAGCAGCUCUGUGGCCAAGAGGAACCAGAACCUCCACAGAUUAAAGAGGAACAGGAAGGAGAGCCGCUGGUAGUGAAGGAGGAGAGUGUACACAUCAUCAUCUGGAACGAGAGCAGUCCUCAGCGUGAACAAGAGGACGUCACCUGCAGGCCACAGAUGAAGUCACAAAGGACAGACGUCCCACAGCAGCAGCUCUGUGACCAGGAGAGGAGCUCCAGUGUGGACCAGGAGGAACCAGAACCUCCACAGAUUAAAGAGGAACAGGAGGAGCUCUGUCAGGAGGUGAAGCAGGAGACUGAGACCUUCAUGGUGGAAGACAGUGAGAAAGGAAGCAAGGAUGUCGACUUAGGAUUAACUGUGAGUUUCAGUUCAAAGCCAAAAACGAGAAAUCGCAGACGUCUCGGUGCAGAUGACUCUCAGAGCCAGCGUCACUCUGACACGGCCAGCAAAUCUGUAACAUGUGACGUUUGUGGAAAAGGCUUCAAGUAUAAAUCCCGGAUGCAAAGACAUCAGAGAAUCCACACAGGCGAGAAGCCGUAUCCGUGUGAGAUGUGUGGGAAAGGUUUUUCUCAGAAGGAUGCUCUGACUGUGCACAUGAGAACACACACAGGUGAUAAGCCCUAUGUUUGUAACACCUGUGGGAAAAGAUGCUUGACCUCAUCGACCCUUACCCGGCACGCCGCGGUCCACACGUGCCAGAAGCCGUAUUCCUGCAAAACGUGUGGGAAAGGUUUUGCUCAAAAGUCUGUUUUGCUGGUCCACACAAGGGUGCACACUGGCGAGAAGCCCUAUCUGUGCAACAUCUGUGGGAAGAGAUUUUUUAAAUUGUCAACAUUUAACAUGCACAUGUUUAUCCACGCAGAUGAGAAGCCGUAUUCUUGCCAAACAUGUGGGAAAGGUUUUAAUCGAAGGACUGAUUUGUACGUCCACAGCAGAAUUCACAGAGGUGAGAAACCGUUUUGUUGCCCAACGUGUGGCAAGUCUUUCAAUCGGCGCAGUAAUUUAUUGUCCCACACAAAAAUCCACAUGAGUGACAGACCUCAUUCCUGCGAAACGUGUGGGAAGUCUUUCAGUCGAGGCAGUAAUCUGUUACGCCACAUGAGGUCUCACACAGGGGAGAAGCCUUAUGUUUGUAAGACCUGUGGGACCAGGUUCGCUGACUCAUCAUCACUUAAAAGGCACAAAGUGGUCCACACGGAGGAGGAGCUGCAAAAUGUGGAAGAAAAGCUUCUUUCCCUUUGGGCGCAUGCGCAGAAGAAGCAGGUUUGCAGCAGCUGCUCUCCUGAGGCGCGGACCGAGCUGGAGGACGGUGCAGUAUUCCCCCAGCUCAGUACUCGGGUUACUGCAGUAGUCAUGUGUACUCUCGAGUAUCUGAAGGACUUCAUCCAGCGGAGGCUGACGGCAGCCGCGGAGGAGAUCUUCAGCGAGGUGGAGAAAACCUUCGUGCAGUACGAGGAGGAGCUCGAGCGUCACCGGCAGCUGGAGCGGAAGCUGCUCCGCACAGACGUCCCACAGCAGCAUGUCUGUGAGGAGGAGGAGGAGGUUCUUCCUGAGCAGCAGCUCUGGAACCAGGAGAGGAGCUCCAGUGUGGACCAGGAGGAACCAGAACCUCCACAGAUUAAAGAGGAACAGGAGGAACUGUGCAGCAGUCAGGAGGGAGAGCAGCUGGGACUAAAGCAGGAGCCUGAUACCUUUAUGGUGACUGCUGCUGAGGAAAGUGAGGAAGGAAGGAAGCAGUUUUGUUGCCAAACGUGUGGCAAGUCUUUCAGUCGGCGCAGUAAUUUAUUGACCCACACAAAAAUCCACACGAGUGAGAAGCCCUAUUGCUGCGAAACGUGCGGGAAGUCUUUCAAUCGAGGCAGUAAUCUGUUACGCCACAUGAAGUCUCACACAGGGGAGAAGCCGUAUGUUUGUAAGACCUGUGGGACCAGGUUCUCUGAAUUCUCAUCACUUAAAAGGCACAAAGCACAUUUUGCACAGAGCUGCAAUAUGUGGAAGAAAAGUUAUAGCAUGUCCUUGAAAUCCACGUGAGAACCACACGGCUGAGAAGCCGUGACUGUGUCAGCGUUACUGCACCACGCAGCUGAGACGUGGUCGUCCUGAAGCACCGAUGGGCAGAAAACACGAGGACAUGUUGACUGGACCGCACUUCAGCAGCAGUGUCAUGUGAAACGAGUCUGUUACAAUCUGUUUUCAGUCUGAGGGAAACGUGAACCCUUCAUGUUUUCAUGACGUCUCAGUGACUCUGUGUGAGCCCCGUCUUUUAGCCUGUUUGCUUCUCUGUAGUUCUCGGAGCAGGUUCUUCUUGCUGUGGAACAUUGGAUCACUGACAUCUGUCACUGAGUUAGAGUUAGUGUUUUGGGAAAUAAAUGAGUGUAAUGACUGAGCAGUGCGAGCGGCUCGUGUGUUUGAAUGUUUUCUUGGUUAUUCAGUCUGUGUGUAAAUAACAACAUUAUAAUCCAUCAGCCACACUCAGGUGUUUUUAAAAUGGUAAAUGGCCUGUAUUUGUAUAGCGCUUUACUUGGUCCCCAAGGACCCCAAAGCACUUUACACAUUUAGUCAUCCACCCAUUCACACACUGGUGAUGGCAGCUACAUUGUAGCCACAGGCGCACUGACAGAGGCGAGGCUGCCAGACACUGGCGCCACCGGGCCCCCUGAUCAUCCCCAGUAGUAGGUGGAGUGUCCAAGGACACAACGACUGAGACUGUCCAAGCCGGGGCUCGAAGCGGCAACCUUCCGAUUACAAGACGAACUGCCAACUCUUGAGCCACAAUCGCCCCCUAAGCUCAAGUUUCUCUUCCCUUCUAGAGUUAGACAGGCAUGUGGUUGUAAAUGAGCCCAUCUUUAGCCUCCCCCAGACCUCCCUCUCUCCCCCAGUCCUCCCUGUCUCACCCAGUCCUUCUCUGCUGGAGAAUCCCAGCAGAUUCAAUCCAUCCAGCUCUCAGAGAAACUGGAACAACAUCUCCAUCUCUACAGGCUUCAGUUAGCAUGUCAAAGGUUAAAGUUCAUGACAUCACAUUUGCAGGAGAAAGCCUCCUCUCUACAGAAAGAGCACACAGCUCAGGUCUGCGACGGCACAAGCAGAAUCCACACCUGAACCCAGCAGAAGAGCUGUGGUGGGAGUGGAACGAGUGACCUGUAAGUGUCCUUUACAGCCACAGUUUUACUGAGGUGACAUAUUUUAGCACAUAUUCUGAAUUUUGAUAUUUGAGAAUAAUUUAUUUUUGAUUAUUUCAUGAACUUUAUUGUGAAGGUUUGUGUGUAAAAUAAAGGAGUGAACAAAG